CGUGACGUCAGCGGUUUUGUUUUUUCAUGGCGGGAUGCGGGGUGGUUUCAACGUCGACUUUGUCCUGACUGCGUCGUGGCUAAAACCGAGUGACUUCUCGUGAUUUAACAGCUUUAAUUGACGUAUCUAAGUUCAAAUGUUUGGUUCAGGCUGCCGAGUUAUUAAAACAAUAAUAAUAAUUAAAAGCGCUGCUAGUCUAUCCUGUCAGGCUUGCUAAAGUUAGCUAAGGAAGCAGUCCUCCUGGUUUGACAGCUGGCUUAAAGUUUGACUAUUGACGUUAAGAUUAGUGCGAUGGAGAGUCCAUUGGUAAGAGACAACCCACUGCUUUUACCUUUCAACAAGGAGAAAACUAUCUACGACGGCUUCAUCACAGUCCAGGAACGGGACUUCAGAUUGAGAAUACUUCUCCCACCAGAUCGCCAAUUUAAACGGGCCAGGCUGCACUGCUGUUGGCAGUUAAAACACCUGUUGCAUGGCUAUGAGCACAUAGUGAAGCAGAGGCUGCAGCAGUCGGCUGAUCUUGUCAGUUUCAUUCUGGAGCUGAAGACCAUCUUGGAAGUGGGUCUGAAGAGCCAUCGGGAGUGCCGCUCCAUCCCUCCUCCACAGUAUUACUCUCAGCUCAUCUCUGAGAUGGAGACCCUUGGGUGGGGCAAGCUGCUCUUCAUAGACACAGAGUUCCGAACGUUGAGACUGAAGGCGGAGGACUCCUGUGGAAGGCAGCACGUUCUCACUAUUAAACUCAAGUCUAAGCACCCUGCAGAGGCUCCUGAAUGCUCAGCUGACCUGCCGGUCCCUCUGGCCAUGACCUGGACUCCACAGAGUACUCUGGACCAGCUCCACAACCAGUUCCUGCUGGUUUUGGAGUCCCUCACCGAGUUUUGGGACGUCCUGGACGAGAUUGACAGUAAGACCUGGAUCCUGGAGCCGGAAAAAGCCAGCCGGUCCGACACUAUGAGGCGGAUCGCCAUCGGAAACAACGUAUCCAUCAAAGUGGAGGUGGAUCCCAGACACCCUAAGAUGCUACCAGAGUGCUGCCUGCUGGGGGCCGAGCAUGUGGUGACUCCGCUGAGGAAUAAGCUGAACGCCAACAUGCACUUGUGGAACCCGGACUGCAGCGUCUUGCACAACCUCCGGGAUGUUUUGGAGAUCGAAUUCCCGUCACCUGCCACCCACGAAAAAUCUAGUUUCAGCGUUGAGUGUGGGAUCUGUUACUCCUAUCGUCUUGAUGCUGCGAUCCCUGAUCAAGUGUGUAAUGACCCUCGCUGUGGCCAGCCCUUCCACCAGGCCUGUCUGUAUGAGUGGCUGCGAGCGCUGCCCUCCAGCAGGCAGAGCUUCAACAUUGUUUUUGGAGAGUGUCCUUACUGCAGCAAGCCUAUUACUGUGAAAAUGGCGGCCCAGAAGUGAUGAGAAGUGGCUUUGUGUUCCUGUCGGCGGCCACCUCGACAUUUGGGAAACGGCUUGAGAGACCAUGCAGAAACUAGCAGACCCCACACACUGGCCA